UCCUGGCGCCAAAAUCACAACCAGGAAGUGUCAGUUAAGUAAGAGGGUUCGCUUGUUGACUAUUUCACUAAGCAUAAUCAGCCUUUAAGCUUCACAUUGUGUCCCUGACUCACACACAAUGGAUACACAAUCAUAUCUGCCGGUCCAGCCUGGUGUCGGCAUGGAGGAGAAUUUUCUGUCUAUCGACGAUAUUUUGCUGUCUCAUGAGAGGCUUCCUAUCCGGACAGAGUGCACCUUCCCCCGGCUGGGGUUCCUGGAGAAGUCGACAGACACCAAGGACAUCACUGAGGGAACGAAGAUGGAGCUUCCUCUGUGGCUGUCGAAGGGUCUGUACGAGAGGAAGAGGAGGGUGCUGUCAGUCGAGCUUCCGAAGGUGUACAAGGAAGGCUGGAGGACUAUUUUCAAUGCGGACCCCAACGUGGUGGACCUGCAUAAGAUGGGACCGUACUACUAUGGCCUGGGAUCCCAGAUGCUGCACUUUGACUCUCCAGAGAACCCAGAGAUCGCACAGGCGCUGCUACAGACGUUCAUCGGCCGUUUCAGACGGAUCAUGGACUCGUCCCAGAACGCCUACAACGAGGACACGUCAACGCUGGUGGAGCAUCUAGACUGUCUGGAGAAGACUCUGUUCAGGUCAGGCCAGAGCGGCCUCAACGGCUUCCAGAGCUGGGAGAAGGGCCAGGCCUCCCAACUCACCGCCUCCAGUCUGGUUCUCAACUACCGCAAGAGGAAGAUGACCGACGGCCAGCCCUGACCGCAGUAAAGACUCUGCUCACUGCAGCAACAGACUCAGUUUCACUUCCACAGACGAAUACCUGCACGGGCCUGUGAGACGACCGGCCUGUGUCGAUCACGAGUAACACGAGGCCUCCUGGCAAAGAACAUGAUCACAGUAUCGUCUCUUACAUGGAUCAAUGUCCAUACUUAUCACAAUAUGAAAUAUCAUAAUGCUCCCACAGGGAGCGUGGUAAUGCAGCAACAACAAUAAAGUAUCAUACAGUCAAGGUAAAGUUUGUAUAUUCAUGAAAAAUAUACAUGCAUAUUUUUUUAUCUCUUUAAAUGAGGAUUAUUAAAACAGUGAAUAAAAACACAGCUUUCAGUUCAGCUCUCUCCCAAUGCUUUCUGACACGGCUCAUGUGACAACAAACUGAGCUGCUGCUAACUUCAGAGAAGCUUGUUUCACUCUGGACUUGAAGUAUUGGGAUAACUAAGACCUUGAUGAUGAUAUACAGACACCAGGAAGUUAAGAGCCUGACGUGAGACAGAAAUAAAGUAGUCAGUUGAAAAUAUUUGAAUGUCUGACGUGCCAAAAACUGAUCUGACAUUUAUUUCUCCUGUGUCGUAGAUGAACUGAAAAACACCUCCAAAGUUUUCAUUACCAAUAUAAAUUUUGUCACAAUGGAAUAAGUUCACCACAGACUGUAUAAUAAACGGACGUAGUAUCCAUGACGUCACCCAUCUGUUUCUGAAGCGCUGUUUUGAAGCCAAUCGUCGGCAGAAGCCAUAUUGGAAAUGCUGAACUCAGUGUAACUGCUGUGGAGCUAGUGUGAGGUAAAGAGGCGGGCUUUGAGCCUCCUCGCUAACAGCUACAGUAUUCCUGCCUGUCAUUCAAGUCAUCUGUGCCUCUCAUUAUGGAAAGCUUGUAAUCUUAAUAUCUUCUAAACUGCUGAGUUAUAAAAAAAGUUCACCCCAUACAGUGUGUGCGGAUAGAGAAAUUAGCUACGUAGACCCAAGCUGUUUUUUGAACCAGGCUGUAAACAUGUUUAUUUCUGCUGUAAAGAUCGUCUUCUUUGAAUGGGUGUGUAUGUGGUUUCUGGUGUUUCUGCAGCCAGCCUAUAGUGGACACUCAAGGAACUGCAGUUUAUAACGCUUCUGCAUGGGCUUCAUUCCUCGUGGCCGUAAGUUGUGACUUGGUUUUUAUUUGUCUGGUUUGUCCCAGCUGUUGAUAAAGUAUGACUGUGGAUGGAUAUUCAGCUCUUGCUGUGUAUAGUGAUUUGACUUCUUUAUUAUAUCUGAAGAGAAGAUUUCAAACAUUUUCUAAUAACAGCUUAAAGAUACAGUCGCUUGUUUUUUUCCUGUUUGAUAUUAUAAAAAGAUAACACUUUAUUUAAGCCAGUGUGUCAUCUUUGUCACUCCAUCAGUCAUUUGUAAAUCACAUGUAGGCCUUCCAACAGAUCUGCACGCAUUAAAGCUACCUCUGUGGAAACA